GCUCGUCUGCAGCGGUAGGAGAAAAGAGAGGAGAAAGAGAGAACCUCACCUCCUCUAACAGCGAGUGAGGUUGGGCGAAAGACACAGAAAGCGUCAGAGAGAGACCGAGAGGAAGAAAAGAGGCUGUGUGGAGUUAAGGGAGAGACAACAGCGGCUUGGACCUCCAGCGAGGAGUGUUUAAUUCAUUUUAAAGUGUCUAAUAUCCACACAGAUUCGACAUGUCAUCGUCCGGUAAAGACAACAGCGGUGCCCAACAUGCCAAUUACGUGGGACCUUACCGUUUGGAGAAGACGCUCGGGAAAGGACAGACAGGGUUGGUCAAGCUGGGAAUCCACUGUGUAACAUGCCAGAAAGUCGCCAUAAAGAUUGUCAACCGUGAGAAACUCAGUGAGUCCGUACUAAUGAAGGUGGAGCGGGAAAUAGCUAUUCUGAAGCUCAUAGAACACCCGCAUGUUUUGAAGCUACAUGAUGUCUACGAAAAUAAAAAAUACUUGUACCUUGUGCUAGAACAUGUGUCUGGUGGUGAGCUGUUCGACUACCUGGUGAAGAAAGGCAGGUUAACACCUAAAGAGGCCAGGAAAUUCUUCCGACAGAUCAUGUCUGCCCUGGAUUUUUGCCACAGUCAUUCAAUAUGCCACAGGGAUCUGAAGCCGGAGAACCUGUUGCUAGAUGAAAAGAACAACAUCAGGAUAGCAGACUUCGGCAUGGCCUCCCUUCAGGUUGGAGACAGUCUGCUGGAAACCAGCUGCGGAUCUCCACACUACGCCUGUCCAGAAGUCAUCAGGGGAGAGAAGUAUGACGGGAGGAAAGCAGACGUCUGGAGCUGUGGGGUCAUCCUUUUUGCCCUGUUGGUGGGUGCCCUUCCGUUUGAUGAUGACAACCUGAGGAAUCUGCUAGAGAAGGUGAAGCUGGGAGUGUUUCACAUGCCGCACUUCAUCCCUCCAGACUGUCAGAACCUCCUCCGCGGCAUGAUUGAAGUGGAUGCUACCAAAAGACUAACGUUAGAACAGAUCCAGAAGCACACAUGGUACAUUGGGGGGAAGAACGAACCAGAGCCAGAGCAGCCUGUGCCGAGGAAGGUGACCAUCCGCAGCCUGCCCUCUGCAGACGACAUCGACCCAGACGUCCUAGACAGCAUGCACUCCCUGGGCUGCUUCAGAGACAAAAACAAGCUACUGAAAGACCUGCUGUCAGAUGAUGACAACCAAGAAAAGAUGAUCUACUUCCUGUUACUGGACCGCAAGGAAAGGUACCCCAGUCAGGAGGACCAGAACCUUCCACCUCGCAAUGAGAUAGAUCCUCCAAAGAAGCGGGUGGACUCUCCCAUGUUGAACCGUCAUGGCAAGCGGAGACCAGAGAGGAAGUCCAUGGAAGUCCUCAGUGUCACGGACGGAGGGUCGCCUGUACCGGCAAGGAGGGCCAUCGACAUGACUCAGCAUGGACAGAGUAAAUCAGUGUACAGUAAAAGCCUGGAAAUUCCUGACAGUGGUACAAAAUGCAGCAAUGACGAAAGGUCGCGGUCUAUUAGUGGAGCCUCCUCCGGCCUCUCCACCAGCCCCCUCAGCAGCCCACGGCCUGUCAGAAAGUUCUGUGUACCGCCUCAGACCCCAGACAUUUUGCAGUCCCCUAACUCAAGCCCCUGCCAAUCCCCUGAGUCUACCCCCAAUCGUGCUGGCCCCCGUGUCCCCACGCCUAACUCGCUCGCGCCAAACAGUGAGCCCCAGCCGGCAGAACUCAACAGGACCCAAACACUCCCCACCAAGCCUAAAACUGUCCCCAAGCCCCUCCAAGCCACACGAUCCAACCCUCUCCCCGAACAGUUCACAGAGCCAGCUUCUCCAGCCAAAUCUGAGCCCCCCACUCCCCUCCAGCUCCCACUGCAGCCCACCUCCGCCUCCGUGCCCCCCACCCCUACUACUCCAUCCUCCCCAUCCUCUCCCUUUGCCCCAUCCUCCAUCUCCAGUAAUCUCAUCCAAAACAGCCCCCAGGUACGCCGCUCCCAUUUCGCUGCCAACCCCCAGCUCUCUGUGCCCUUCUGCCCUGCGGUGCCAAUGUCGCCCAUCCGGUUGCACCAUUUCCACCCUGUAGCGCCGGUGUCUUCCUCCUUCACUGACCAGCCGCCCAAAUCUAUCCCCCUCAUACAGGUUACCCCUCAUCCCUCCCCUCGAGGUAGUCCCCUCCCUACCCCAAAGGGCACCCCGGUGCACACUCCCAAGGACAGCCCAGCCGGGACCCCUACCCCUACGCCGCCCCCCAGCCCGUCCAUCGGAGGCAUGCCUUGGAGGACGCGCCUCAACUCCAUCAAAAACAGCUUCCUGGGCUCGCCACGCUUCCACCGCAGGAAACUACAAGUUCCCACACAAGAGGAGAUGUCCAGCCUCACACCAGAGUCUUCCCCAGAACUUGCCAAAAAAUCUUGGUUUGGUAACUUCAUCAACCUUGAAAAAGAGGAGCAGAUCUUCAUCGUCAUCAGAGACAAGCCUCUCAGCUCCAUCAAGGCAGACAUCGUUCAAGCCUUUCUCUCGAUCCCCAGCCUGAGCCACAGCGUCAUCUCUCAGACAAGUUUCCGAGCAGAGUACAAAUCCACAGCCGGCCCUACAGUCUUCCAGAAGCCAGUCAAAUUCCAGGUGGAUAUCACCUACACAGAGAGCACAGCUGCCACUAAGGAGAACGGCAUUUACUCUGUCACCUUCACCCUGCUCUCAGGUCCCAGCCGGCGCUUUAAGCGGGUAGUGGAGACGAUUCAGAGCCAGUUGUUAAGCACACAUGACCAGCCAGGGGUCCAACAGCUGUCUGGCAGCCCCUUGAGUAACUUCUUUGACGUAAUAAAACAACUUUUUUCAGACGAGAAGAACGGACAGGUGCCCUUCCCUUCUGGCACGCCCACCAAGCACUGUCCCUCGCCCAUGCACGUCCGGAGGCACGAGCCAGAAAGUAAUGAAACCAAAAGCCCCGCCGCGGGCCGAGACAGAGCCAAGUUGUCGGUGGCGUCUGUGGGGACACAGGAGGAGUCUUAGACCGAGCCUGUGUUAAAACACCCCUCCGAUAUCUGUACAUAGCUAGAUGUACAUAAUCAUAUAUGUUUUUGUAUAAAAUGACUUUAUAUAGAUAGAAAUAUAUGAAGAGAAUCAAAUAUUUUACAAACUGCACCUACAUUACAAAAACACACUUCUCAUCCCCCCCUCAGCGUGCACCAUCAUCAUCCACCCCCUCCACCCCAGCCAUCUUAUCUCUGUUUUUUGCUGCUAACCUGUGUGAUGACCUGACUUGUUUCUGAUACCAGGAAUUAUCCAGAAAACCUAUUAAGCCCUUCCUCCUGCUCCCCGCUCCGUUCGCCUCACCUCCACCAACCCCCCCACCCCCCACAGAGCGUGCGAAGAGAGACAGACAAUUGUUGACGGAGGACUGCUUUUAGAGGUGCGCUGAAAAGAUGGGGGGUGGUUACCAUGGAAACAAACCCUUCAUGCAGACUACUACCUUCAUCUCCUUCUGCGCCCGCUUUCCACCUUUGGCAGCCAUCAGUAGAAGUAGGAAAAAUAAGUGUUCCCCCAUUUUAGGAACACCCAAACACACACACACACACACACACACACACGUGCACAACUAAUCCACACUAAUCCCAAUGAAAGAGUAGCGCACUCUCUCUGCAACGACCGCCCCCACUCUUUCCUCUCAAGGAGCAUUCACCAUUGGAAUGACACUAUACACACACACACACACACACACACACACACACACACACACACACACACACACACACACACACACACACACACACACACACACACAAACAUGAACAUGCAUACAUGCACAGUUCCAGUAUGCACAGACUCAAACUCUGGGAUGUUACUAACACGAACAAAAAGAAUACUGACUCAGAGGAGGAGAGAAGGGGGAGGAGUUUUGUGGGACGCCCAAACAAGCCGACACGGAUGCUUGCUGGAUUGUAUUUGUUUGCUUUUUAAUGUACUUUCUUUGUGAAGAACUGGGUUUAAAAUAACUUUAUUCAACUUAAUACCAUUGCUGCAAAUGGACUGGAAUUGUGAUUUCAGCGAGGAGUUGGGUGUGAGUAGAAAGGGGAAG